UUUAUUAACAGGUCUUCAUUUUCCCGCCUAUUACCUCCUUUUUCACUCCUCUUCCUCCUCCCAACUGCAAAACCCCAACUCCCAUCACCCCUAAGCUAGGGUUUCUCUUCAUCAAUGGCGGACACCCUUCGUAUCGCUCAGCUGCUUAAUGAAACCCUAAAUUCCGACGGCGAAGUUAGACACAAUGCGACCCAGGAACUCGAUCUUCUUUCGGUCGCCUCCGAUUUCCCUUUCUCUCUCCUCUUCCUUGUCAACGGAGAUGGGAAUCAAGGUCAAAAAGUAGCUGCUGCUACUUAUGUUAAGAACUUGAUUAGACGAAAUGUUCACGGUGAAGGUCAAUCUGGUUCUUUUAGUAAGGAAUUUAAGGAGAGGCUACUGGAAUCAUUGCUACGAGCGGAAUUUCCGGUUCUUAGAGUCUUGGUUGAAGCGUUAAGUUUUGUUGUUGACGCUGAAUUUGUAAAGACUAAUUCAUGGCCUGAACUUGUGCCCCAAAUUCGUUAUGCGAUCCAAAAUAGUGACAUUAUUAAUGGAAAUGCAAAUUGUGGGUUGAUAACAAUUAACGCGCUCAAAGCUCUUCAAGCAUUACUUAGACCCUUCCAGUACUUCUUGAACCCAAAAGUUGCGAAGGAACCAGUCCCACCACAGCUGGAGCAAAUUGGCAAUGAUAUUUUGGUACCUUUGUUGGCUAUAUUCCAUGGUUUUACCGAAAAGUGGUAUCUUAUCUUUCAGGCUUUAGCUAUUAAAGGGAGUUUAAACAUUGAGACGGAGAAUAUCCUUCUCAUUGUGUGCAAAUGCAUAUACUUUACUGUAAGGUCAUAUAUGCCGGCUUCUAUUGCGCCUCUGCUGCCUACUUUAUCUGGUAACCUAUGUGGAAUUUUGGACUCAUUAAGUCUGGAGGAUUCAGUAUCUUUGGAAGGCAGUCAGCAAGUGAGACUAAAAACUGGGAAAAGGAUCUUGCUUAUUUUUUGUGCUCUUGUUACUCGGCAUAGAAAAUAUUCUGAUAGGUUGAUGCCUGAUAUUAUGAAAUGUGUUCUACGUAUUGCCAGAUGUAGCACCAAUAUUAGCAAGCUGGACUGCUCGUCAGAGAGGAUCAUCUCAUUGGCCUUUGAUGUCAUUUCUCACAUCCUGGAGACUGGCCCAGGAUGGAGAUUAGUUUCACCCCAUUUUUCAUCAUUGUUGGACUUUGCUAUUUUUCCAGCGCUCAUGAUGAAUGCAAAGGAUACCUUGGAGUGGGAAGAAGAUGCAGAUGAGUUCAUAAGCAAGAAUUUACCAUCUGAUCUGGAAGAAAUAUCUGGAUGGAGAGAGGAUUUAUUUUCAGCCAGAAAGAGUGCUAUGAAUUUACUUGGUGUCAUUUCUAUGUCAAAGGGGCCUCCAGUGGUGACUAAUUGUCACAGUUCUGUGUCAUCUUUAAAGCGCAAAAAAGGUCAAAAAAAGGGAAAACACCAGCGCUGUUCAGUUGGAGAAUUAAUAGUGCUUCCUUUUCUGUCAAAGUUUCCAGUUCCUAGCAAUGCAAAUGCUUCUGACACUAGUAUAUCAAAUACUUAUUAUGGAGUUCUCGUGGGAUAUGGAGCUCUACAGGAUUUCUUAGGGGAACAGAAACCUGAACACACAGCAACCCUAAUUAGAAAUCGAGUGCUACCGCUGUACAAGGUCUCCAUAACCCAACCGUAUCUGCUUGCUGCAGCGAACUGGAUACUCGGAGAGCUUCCAUCCUGUCUCCCUAAAGAUAUGAUAGCUGAUGUAUAUUCUGCAUUGCUAGAAGCACUAACCAAACCUGAUUGUGAAGAUGUUUCUUGUUAUCCUGUGCGAGCAAGUGCUGCUGGGGCAAUGAUCAAGCUUCUAGAAAGUGAAUUCUUGCCACCUGACUGGUUACCUCUUCUCCAAGUAGUAGUUGGUAGAAUUGGUAACGAAGAAGAGGAGAUUGCCAUGUUAUUUCAACUUCUUAGCUCUGUGGUGGAGGCUGGCGAUAAAGAUGUAGCAGUUCAUAUACCUUUUGUUGUAUCACAGUUAGUUGAUGCAAUUGCCAAGUAUAUGCCGUCCAAUCUAGAGCCAUGGCCUCAAGCAGUUGUACAGGGCUUUGCAGCACUAGCUGUAAUGGCAAAAUCUUGGCAAGACACAGUACCUGAAGAAAAGGAACAAGACCACUUUAGUGGAAAGUGGGCUUCUGAUCAGAAAACUAUGUCUAGAGCCUUUUCUGCUCUCUUGCAAAACGCAUGGCUUGUAACCAAGGAAAUAAUGGAUGAUGAUGAUACUUUACCACAGUCAUGCAUUGAUGAUGCAUCAACAAUGCUUUGGUUCAUUAUCCGGUCCAGUACUAGCAACGAUACUCUUCUGGAACUCAAGGUAUCAGAAUUAUUGUCAGUUUGGACUGAACUCAUUGCAGAUUGGCAUGGUUGGGAAGAGGUGGAGGAUUUGGCUAUCUUCGACUGCAUUAAGGAGGUUGUUAGUCUAGAGAAAAACUUUGGCCUGCCAAAAUAUUUCAUUGCUAAGAUGCCUUCACCACCAGCUCCUCCUGUACCAGAAAAGUCUCUUAUUGAAAAUAUUGCAACAUUUAUCUGCAACGCCAUGUCACAGUAUCCUUCUGCAGCAUCAAGGGCUUGUGCAUGUGUCCAUACCCUUCUUCACUUGCCAUGUUAUUCUUCUGGUACAGAGGAAGUCCGACAUUCGUUGGUUGUUGCUUUUAGUCAGGCUGCAGCAUCUACAUUCAAGGAGGUUCAAACUAAACCUUGUGCACUUUGGAAACCAUUGUUGCUUGCAGUAUCAUCAUGUUAUUUGUAUUAUCCUGAUACUGUCCAGACAAUACUAGAAAAAGUUGAAAAUGGUGGUUUCGUGGUCUGGGUAUCUGCUGUGAACUCCAUUUCCUCUAUUUCAUUCAGGCCAAAUGCUUUAACAGAGUCAGAAAUUAAAUUAGUUGUUAUCACUCUUGCCAAGGUGGUUGAGCAGUUAUUAAUCAAGGGAAGCCCAACUGGUGACUUGUUAUGGAAAUGCUUUAGUUCACUCUUGGAAGCAUUUGCACGAUUGAAAGAAGUUCAGGAAGCAAAUGUCUCAGAUGAAGAAAUUGAAGAUGCUGAAGAAACUGAAAAUGAAGAGGAAGAGGAAACUGAUGAUGAUGACGAUGAGGACUCUGAUGAUGAUGAUGACGUACAUGAAGAAACAGAAGAAGAGUUUCUGAAGAGGUAUGCCGAGGCUGCAGCGGCUUUGGAAAAUGGAGCUCUUGCUGAAGAAGGGGACUCGGAGGAUUUUGAUGAAGAACCUGAAUUGGGUUCACUUGAAGAGCUUGAUCCACAUAUAAUUCUGCAAUCCCUACUGAAGAACCAUCAUCAAAGUCUUAUACAAAAACAGUCUCUACCUCCACAGCUUAUUUCAAUCUUACAAAGCUUCUUUCCGGAAAUUUUAUUGUGAUCAACUGAUCCCCUACUCUGCUAUUCCUGUAUAUAUAUUUAAAUUUAUCUAUAUUUGAGCUGAGGGAAGACCGUUCUUUGUUGAUUCUUUUUAUCAGGAAGUUAUUGGUCUUGGUGUCUGCUGUACCUUGAGUGGGUAAUUGGAUUGUUCGAUCAUACAUACUGUGUAACAUACGAAAUUGUAUCGUUUAACAACAAUUUGUUUCUUUGUUUUGCUGGAGAUAAUACAGGAUUUAUCAAUUUUUGAUUUUUCUUUA